AUGUCGAAGAGAUUCAACCCGGAUCCUUCCGUCCACAUAUCCAAGAUGAGUGUCAUCAUCCCGUUUUCCCCAGAUGUGCCCUGUGACAGCAACGGCCAGCGGAUGUGGUGGGCUUUCCUCGCGUCCUCCAUGGUCACUUUCUUUGGGGGUCUCUUCAUCAUCCUUCUGUGGAGAACUCUCAAAUAUCUGUGGACUGUGUGCUGCCACUGGAACGCCAAAAAGAAGGAGGUCCAUCGGCUCAGCACAGGCGAUGGCAUCAAGCGCACCGACAAGGACGACCCGGCGGCCAGCGAGGUGGGCUGGAUGACCUCGGUCAAAGACUGGGCCGGAGUCAUGAUAUCCGCUCAGACACUGACGGGAAGAGUCCUGGUGGUGCUCGUAUUUGCUCUCAGCAUUGGAGCCCUUGUUAUAUACUUCAUAGAUUCUUCUGAUCCAAUCGAGUCCUGUCAGAACUUCUACAAAGACUUCACGUUGCAGAUCGACAUGGCGUUCAACGUGUUCUUCUUGCUGUACUUUGGCCUCCGUUUCAUUGCUGCCAAUGACAAGCUGUGGUUCUGGUUGGAGGUGAACUCGGUGGUCGACUUCUUCACGGUUCCUCCAGUGUUUGUGUCCGUGUACCUGAACAGGAGCUGGCUCGGCUUGAGGUUUUUAAGGGCGUUAAGGUUGAUACAGUUCUCAGAAAUUUUACAGUUUUUGAAUAUACUAAAGACAAGCAACUCAAUAAAGCUGGUGAACCUGUGUUCAAUCUUCAUAAGCACAUGGCUAACUGCAGCAGGAUUCAUUCAUUUGGUGGAAAAUUCAGGGGAUCCUUGGGAAAACUUCAAAAAUUCCCAGGCACUUUCCUACUGGGAAUGUGUCUACUUACUCAUGGUCACUAUGUCCACUGUCGGCUACGGAGACGUUUAUGCAAAAACCACCCUGGGCCGCCUGUUUAUGGUCUUCUUCAUCCUCGGUGGUUUGGCCAUGUUUGCGAGCUACGUCCCUGAAAUCAUAGAGUUAAUAGGAAACCGCAAGAAAUAUGGUGGUUCCUAUAGUGCGGUUAAUGGGAGAAAGCACAUCGUGGUCUGUGGUCAUAUAACACUUGAGAGUGUGUCCAACUUUCUAAAAGACUUCCUACACAAGGACAGGGAUGAUGUCAAUGUAGAAAUUGUUUUUCUCCAUAAUAUCUCCCCUAAUCUUGAGCUGGAAGCCUUGUUCAAGCGCCACUUCACUCAAGUGGAGUUUUACCAAGGAUCCGUCCUGAACCCACACGACCUGGCCAGAGUGAAGAUCGAAUCAGCUGAUGCUUGUUUGAUCUUAGCCAACAAAUACUGUGCUGACCCUGAUGCUGAGGAUGCAUCCAACAUUAUGAGGUAAAACAAAGCAAGUAAUACUAUCAAGAACUACCAUCCAAAGAUCAGAAUUAUCACUCAAAUGUUGCAGUACCACAAUAAGGCCCACCUUUUGAACAUCCCGAGCUGGAACUGGAAGGAGGGAGAUGACGCUAUUUGCCUUGCGGAGCUUAAGCUGGGCUUCAUCGCUCAGAGCUGCCUGGCUCAGGGCCUCUCCACCAUGCUGGCCAACCUAUUUUCUAUGAGGUCCUUCAUCAAGAUUGAGGAGGACACAUGGCAGAAGUAUUACCUCGAAGGAGUAGCCAAUGAGAUGUAUACUGAGUACCUAUCGAGUGCCUUUGUGGGCAUGUCCUUCCCUGUCAUUUGCGAACUCUGCUACGUGAAGCUAAAGCUGCUCCUGAUAGCUAUAGAGUAUAAGUCUGAUCAAAGGGAAUGCAGCACCCUGAUAAACCCUGGAAACCACAUGAAGAUGCAGGAGGGGACAUUGGGCUUCUUCAUUGCAAGUGAUGCCAAAGAAGUGAAGAGAGCGCUGUUUUACUGUAAAGCCUGCCACGAUGACAUUACUGAUCCCAAAAGGAUUAAGAAAUGUGGAUGCAAGAAAUCUAAAAAUAGCUAUAAUGGAUAUAUCAAAUCAAUUGAAGAGGACCAACAGUCUGCGUUAUCGCCCAAAAAAAAGCAACGCAACGGAGGCAUGAAAAAUUCUCCAAACUCCUCACCCAAGAUCAUGAGACAUGACCCGCUCCUCAUCGCGGGGAACGAGCAGAUUGAGAGCAUGGACGAGAACGUGAAGAAAUACGACUCCACGGGGAUGUUUCAUUGGUGCCCGUCCAAAGACAUCGAGAAGGUCAUCUUGACCCGGAGCGAGGCCGCCAUGACUGUUCUGAGCGGUCACGUGGUCGUGUGCAUAUUUGGAGAUGUGAAAUCUGCGUUGAUCGGUCUCCGGAACUUUGUCAUGCCUCUGAGAGCGAGCAACUUUCACUACCAUGAGCUGAAGCACAUUGUGUUUGUCGGCUCACUCGAGUAUCUGAAACGGGAGUGGGAGACGCUUCACAAUUUUCCAAAGGUCUCCAUUUUACCUGGCACACCGUUGAGUCGAGCAGAUCUGAGGGCUGUCAACAUCAACCUCUGCGACAUGUGUGUCAUUCUGUCAGCCAAUCAGAACAAUAUUGACGAUGCAUCACUUCAGGACAAAGAAUGCAUCUUGGCGUCACUCAACAUCAAAUCCAUGCUGUUUGACGACAGCAUCGGGGUCUUGCAGGCUAAUUCCCAAGGCUUCACCCCACCAGGAAUGGAUAGAUCCUCUCCUGAAAACAGCCCCGUCCAUGGAUUAGUGAGGCAGACUUCUGUCACAACUGGAGCAAAUAUUCCCAUCAUAACAGAACUAGUAAAUGACUCCAAUGUUCAGUUCUUGGACCAAGAUGACGAUGACGACCCUGACACAGAGUUGUACCUCACUCAACCUUUUGCCUGUGGGACAGCCUUCGCCGUCAGUGUGCUGGAUUCCUUAAUGAGUGCUACAUACUUCAAUGAUAAUAUCCUCACCUUGAUCCGGACAUUGGUAACAGGCGGGGCGACGCCGGAGCUGGAGGGGCUGCUGGCCGAGGAGAAUGCGUUACGGGGCGGCUACAGCACGCCACAGACGCUGGCGAACAGGGACAGGUGUCGCGUGGCACAGCUGGCCCUGUACGACGGGCCCUUCGCCGACCUCGGGGAUGGCGGUUGCUAUGGUGACCUGUUUUGUAAAGCCCUGAAAACAUACAACAUGUUGUGCUUUGGCAUCUAUCGGUUACGAGACGCACAUCUAAACAGCAGCCAAAGCCAAUGUACCAAACGGUAUGUCAUAACCAAUCCACCAUAUGCUUUUGAGCUGGUGCCCUCAGACCUGAUAUUCUGCCUGAUGCAGUUUGACCACAACGCUGGCCAGUCUCGAACCAGUCUCUCCCACUCUUCCCAUUCGUCCCAUUCCUCCAGCAAAAAGGGCUCCUCUGUCCACUCCAUCCCAACCACCAACCGCACCAACCGGGCCCGAAACAGAGACUCACGAGACAAACAAAAGAAAAAAAAGAGGUUUACAGAUGAGCCAGAGAAUACCCACCUGAGGACCAUACAGAUCAAGCCUGUGAAUACGCUCACCAUCAACCAAGCCAGUCAGCGUAAAUCCUCUAGCAGCUUGACUCCACCCAUCAGAGAAGUAGAAGACGAGUGCUGAGCUCCUGACACGCUUGGACCCCGAGAAGACUCUUUGUGUAGGUCUCAGACUGGGAUUCAC